AUGAAGGUGUCUGUGCUUAAUACAGUGGAUACCUCGCACGAGGAUAUGAUCGUGAGUAGAUCAUGGAAGUCUCAGAAUUUCCCAGAAACGAGUGUGAUUAUUUUAAAAUUGACGACUGGUUCAGGAAGUUGAUACUACAAAUGAUAAAUAAUGAACCAAAGGACAUGUGGGGCAGUAAUACUGACUUGUAAGCGGCUUUUAGCGGCGUCGAACAUCUUUCAUAACUCUAAAAUACAAUGAUUUUUUCAAAGGAAGUUUUGAUCCACUAUGCUAGCUAGCUAGUUAAAUGUUAAACUGACUUAAAUAGAAAUGUGAGAAGUACAAAAAGACCUUUAUGUUCGGAUUAAACGUUUGAAUAUCGCAAACGUAAAUAAAUUAUAAUAAAAUCAUCGUUGAUUCAUAAAGCAUAAUUUUCUCAUAACUCUGUCAGCUAACCAUGGUUUUUUGCAAAACAAUUUGCAGAUCACCUCUCACAUUAUCUUUGUUUAUAAUUUGUUUAGCAUGAUGCACAAAUGGAUUAUUAUGGCAAGAAGCUGGCGACAUGCUCAUCUGACCGAACAGUAAGAAUUUUUGAGAUCAGUGAAAAGAGUCAAACUCUUGUUGCUACUCUGAGAGGGUAAGUGUGAGAAUUAGGUAGCUUGUAUCUCUGACUACGCUAGUCAAGGCUGUUAAUGAAUUAGACAGUAGUUGGAAAGUAAGAAGUAGAGGGUGGCCAUAUUAUCAUGGAGGCCAUGUUGUUUCAUCAGAGUAAAGUACAUGCAAGAUUCAGAAGAAUUCAGUUGAAAUUUUUCAGGCAUUCCGCAGAGCACAUACAAACCUUCAAGCAAAUCCUAAUGUGGAAUAAAUUGACACAUUUGAACCUGUUUCUGGUAAAUUUUACACUCGGUUCACUUGAAUGGGUAAACUGCGUUAUGGUUGACUUGCCGGUAGUUUUGGCCUGCUACUAGCUCAUGUUGACAACCUUACCAAAGAGCGAUCUUUCACACAAUUUGAUUAGGAAAAGCAACACAACAAUGUUUUGAACUUUUGUUCUCUUAUUAAGUGGUUUUUGUCUGAAUAGACUAACCCUCCUUAAUACAGGGUUGUCGAUAGAAAAUGCAAUAGACACACCAUUUGAAGUUGAGUAGGUACCUGAAUUGAAUUAUAUUUCUUUAGCAAGCUGCAUUGUUUUGCAAGGGGGGCAUGCUCCCGAAAAAAUUCCAAACUUUGUGAGUUGUGACAGCUGUCUGGGACAUAACUGAGAAACUCUUUGUAGCCAUGCAUUGAUGGUAGAAUCAUUUUAAAAACAAACAUUUUCUGUCUCCAUUCCCAAUUUAUAUAGCUGGCACAAAAUGAUUUGACAGCCUGUGGGUUUCCACCACCUACCAUCUUUUAAUGACAACCCUGUAGAUCUACUCAGUGUGAUAUAUUGUAACCUUGUGUCUAAUUUUGUCUGAAACACAUGAUCGAGGAUAUGACCAGUUUUAAUUUUUGAAUACAUAAGAAAUGGAAGAUGGGAAGUGGCUAAGUUGAAAACUGGAUAGUAUAGGUGAGGUACAUGCAACUUCACCAGUCGGCUCAUAUGCUUGCAUGACUUUGUUUUGCAUGGAAUUGCAAAGCUUUUUUUUUUCCUUACAAGAGUGGGAGAAAGUAAUAUUGAAAACACUAACUCUUUAUAAAUAGACAUGAAGGCCCAGUGUGGUCAGUGAGUUGGGCACAUCCUAAAUUUGGAAAUCUUUUGGCUUCAUGUUCUUAUGAUAGAAAGGUGAGUGCUUUUUCUUUUCUCUUUUUUACUGUAAAAAGAUAUUCAUGUAACAUCAGUAUGCAUAUUCUCCAUACUGUUCUCCAUACAUUUCCUUUGGUGCUUACAAUGAGAAUUUGUAUAACAAUCAAGAGCUUAUUGUGUGUGCGAUUAUUUCUUUCAUUCUCAUAACCUUAAUGUUUGGUCCAGGGGUGAUAAUGUAAGGAGAAAUGAUAUACUUAUCACUCUUACAGGUUAAGGCUUACAAUAGGAUAGCAAUGUUUGAGACUGCAUAUCAGAUAAUUAACAUUUAAGUUUACUUGCUCAGGUUAUUUUAUGGAAAGAAACAAGUAAUGGUUGGACAAAGCUUCAAGAAUUUUGUAAUCAUGACUCAUCAGGUAUGCAAAAAAUUCAGUUAUAAAGUAAAUGGAAAUACCUUUAAGUGUGGAAUCUAAACUUCCCUUCAUGUAAACCUGAUCUGUCUGCUGUGCAGUGAUGGUUAGCAGAAACAACAUUAACAGCAAAAUUGUUUUGUAGCAGUUUGUUGAAUAUUGUGGUGAAAAAAAUAUCAGUUUGGUGUAACAGAGGUAAAGAGAACAAGGAUUAAUAUAGGACAUGUACAUUUGUAUCUUUGGUUGCUCAGGCUUGAACAUAAGUAUUUGUAAAUUCAUAUUUCCUCCCCAUUUAAGCCUUUAACUCCCAAGAUCUCAUUAGUUAAUUCUCCUUACUGUCUGUCAUAUAGUUCUCGUGAUAUUAGUUGGGAGAAUUUGGUAGUGAAUUAAUUAAUAAUGUCCUAAUGAAUAUCUUCCUUUAUUCUCAUCACUUAUCUGGUUGAUAUUGUAUUGAUAUUGUAAGGAGAAACUCUGUCUUGGUCACUCAUGGGUGUUAAAGGGUUAACGGUUAAUUUGUUGUUGUUUUUCUUUUGUCAUUUUUGUUUUAGUAAAUGCUAUAUCCUGGGCUUCUCCAGACUAUGGUUUAAUGCUAGCUUGUGGAUCUUCUGAUGGCUCUGUCUCUAUUAUAAGCAGUUCAGGUGAGAAUAAUUUGUUUGAUCUUCCUGAGCAAUACAACUUUCAUUGCAACUAAGUGUUGGAAAGAAAUGUUACCUUUUCAAGGCUUCUUUAGUAUGCCCAAAUGUUACUGAACGAUUUGCAAGUUGCAUUCUUUGUGUUAAGAACUUUGUUCUUAUCAGGAAAGUAUGCUCUAGAAAACAUUUCAUUUUUACCUCUGCUAUUAAACCCUUACAAUCUAACCUCAGUAUCUUUAUUCUCCAUACUGUUCUCUACACAUUUCCUUUGCUACUAACAAGGAGAAUUUGUUGAAUAAUCAAAGCUCCUUAAGUUGGUGAUCAUUUCCUUUAUUCACAUGAACUUGAUGAAUGAUUCAGCAGUGUUACAGUAAGGAGAAAUUAGAUCCUGGUCACUGUUGAGGUUUAAGGGUUAAAAAGUAUUUGGAGGGAAUUUUUCUGUCCUUAGAUUCCAAAAGAUGUUUUAUUCUGUCAUAUUUUUAGGUGAUGGACACUGGGAAACAAUAAAAAUAAGUAACGCACACACAGUAAGUACAUUUAUUUUUUUCUCAGAUGACACGGUAAUGAAUCCUGCAAUCUGAUUUGUUCUUAAUGUGGUCCUUAUUUUCCUAUCUCUGCCCAUGGGCAAUAGUAAUAGAUGAGAGUGAAUAAUACUUUCCGUAAGAUCAUUGACUGCUUUUCAGUAAAACAUUGUUUUGACAAUCCUUGCUAAACUAGUUCUGUUGCUUUUUCUAAAGUGUACUUACAUUUUUCUCUCUUAUGCACUCUCUAAUUGACAGGUGUCAGAUUGUGACAGUUACUCAUAAACCAAUGUUUCAAAGUUUUGCGGAAGCCUUUUAAAUCACCUUUAUCAUUACGCAAAUGAAAAUGUUUUGUUGAAGCUUCUCUCUUUCAUUUGCAUCACCUCUGUUUUAACUACCAUUUACUUGCUCAAAAAGUGUUCAGUUUAUGGAAGAUCUUGCUGUAAUUACAGCCCUAAAUAAUUUUGGUUCUUUUAGAAAGAAUUUCAUUAAGUUUAAGGAAAAAAAAUUAAAAUGUUAUUCACCAGCCUAAGUUGGUCUGUACUGAGUAAAACUGUACCCUCUGUCUUGAGUACCGCCCAUCAGGUGGGCACAAAUUUUCCUAAUACGGACCUCCUGGCUGGUGAAUAACAUAUGCACUAUGUAAACAUGGAUGUUACACAGUCUGCUCUGUUGCAACAUUAAGCUGUAGUAAUUUUAACACUCAUUGCUGUGUUUAUUCUUGACAUGCAUGCUUCUAUGCUGUCAAGAUGUAGCUAUUGAGUAAGAUGAACUCAUGAUGCUGUUCACAUACAGGGCCUUAUUUGUAAUCCUGUGUGGUGUAAUUGUCAUGUACAUUUGUUCAAUUAACUUAAGUACCAUUGCAGCAACUGUACAUGCAAGAUAAUUAGUUAAAUCAACAGACUUAAUGAUGUGAAGUAGUCACUGUGAAAAGAUUCUUUGCUCUGAUGAAGAGCUAAUGUUUUAAAUGUUGGCUCAAGAAUCUUCUUUAAUGGUGGCCCUACCACAGAAAAAAAAUUUCUUUAAUGGUGGCCCUACCACAGAAAAAAAAUUCCCUACAAUAACUGCAGAUACAUUUUCAAUCAGAAAGGCGAUGAGACAAAAGAAAAUAUCAACAAAUAUAUAUUGUUUAAUGUGAAAAUGAGAUCUCAGAGUUAAAAUUACAAGAAAAGAGUGCCAAAAAGUUAGGAGAGUUGGUAUUUAGAUCAUGGAAGUGAAUGGGUCAAAGAAACCAUGUGACAAAACUACAUCUCGUAUUGAAGGGGAUGACAAAAAUAUUUUAGUUUGGCAGAAACACUGUAAAGCAGCAAUAAUAAACAAAGAAGAAAUGGCAAUGGCAAAGGAUGCAUUUGAUUACUGUUUGUCUUUGAUAAUCAACUGACUUGUUUUCUUCUGUUUAGAUUGGUUGCAAUGCUGUUAGCUGGGCUCCUUCAGUCGUGCCAGGGACAUUAUUGGAGGGGGUAAGUUUCUUAAAGAAGAAUGUGGUUCUGCAUUGGUGGGGGUAAUUAAGAGAUGAUUUGGUUUUAUCAACUGAGUUGAUAAAAUAAACUGUCCAUGGUAAAGAGUUUCUAAAGCUGACAUUUGGAGCAUGACAAAUGACAAAGGACUGAGGUUUGAAACCUUAGAUUUUAGGAACUCUUUAGGCAGCCAAUUUACAUUAUCAACCCAGCUGAAAAAAAACCAAACAAACAAAAAACAAAUUGUUAUUAUUUGAGGUAACAAAAUUACCACAAUAUUUUAAUGUUGUGAUUGUUUUUCACUUCUUUUGAAUAAAAGGGUUUCUAAUAUCUAUGAUUAUUUUCAUGUGUUGUCUUCAUAAUCCUUUAAACCCUAACAUCAGUAUGCAUAUUUUUCAUACUGUUUCAUAUACCUUUCCUAUGAUGCUGACAAGGAGAAUUUGUGUAACAAUCAAGAGUUUCUUUUAGCCGGUGAUCAUUUCCUUUAUUUUCGUGACCUUAAUAUAUGAUUCAGGGGUGAUAUUGUAAGGAGAAAUUUGAUCCUAGUUACUCUUAGGGGUUAAGGGGUUGAAAGGUAUUAAUUUUUUUGUUUCUCUGGGCUCUACAUGCAUUAGUUCGCAACAUUUUUACAGUAGUUUGCAGUGUUUAUUCACAGGGAAAUAGUUUUUGGCUACAAUCUUUAAAAAACAAAGGAAACUGUUUUGCCACUUCUUGAUCUUAAUGGAAGGUAAGAUACCCCCUCCCCCUCUCUCUCAAAAAAGAAAUUUUUAUCCAAGGAGCUUUUUUUAAGAGGCAGAACUGGUUCUUAUAUCCAACAAAUUCCUACCACCUGUAGUUGUCCAUACUUUUAAAGAAUCACAAAGAAUACUGGAUAUUGUUUCUCCUCUUCUUUUUUCACCAGACUGGGGCAAAGUCCGGUCCUUCAGUCAAAAGAUUUGUCACAGGGGGAUGUGAUAACUUGGUAAAAGUAUGGAAGUAAGUCACAAAUACAAGUAAUGAUCAUGGUUGAAUAAAAUGCAUUUGCUCCAGCCUAGGAAUGAGUAUUUUUGUCUCCUUGUUUGUGUGAUAAAAUCCAAGGCAUGAUUAAACCUGUGAACUUUGAUUGGUAAUGUGGCUCACAGUUCUGAUUUGCAGUAACUCGUGUCAUGUUAUUAUCUACAUAUCCUACUGUGGCAUCCAGACUGAGGCUGGUCAACCUGUAGGACUUCACUUGGUCAGCCUGAUAUUAAAACUCUGGCAUGAAAUUGAGGUGGAUAGAUAUCAUACCUGUGUGAGAUCAAGGCUAUGUGUGUCAUCAGUCAGUCCAAGAUGGCAAACAGAAAAAGCUAAUAUGAUCUAGCUUUGGAUUAAUACCUGCAGGACUGAAAAAUGGCAUGAAUCGUAUGCCUUUUCUAACAUUUAUACUUUACCCUGAUUUUGGUGGCAUUAAAUUUUAGUAGAUUUUUAGUGUAAUCCCAACUCUUGUCUUUUAUGUUAUUAUUUUUAGAGAAGUCGAUGGCCAAUGGGAAGAGGAGGAAAAACUAGAAGCACACAGUGACUGGGUCAGAGAUGUUGCUUGGGCACCUAAUGUUGGUCUCCCUAUUAGCACCAUAGCAACAUGUUCUCAGGUACAGUAUGUUUAAGUCAUUGGAUGUUAGGUUGUUUGUGCAUUCAACAGAAGACAUAAAAUCAUGUGUUGAUUUGGCCUGUGUAGGAUGUAUUUCCUACCGCAAUUGAGCAAUGUAAAGGACAUGAUUAUCCUAAAAAAGAAAUGUGUUACUGUAAUGAUAAUGGCUACCAAAUGAAGCCUCCUUGGAUUUUCAAUUUAACACUGUAAUUUUGUCAGAGGCCAAAUUGUUCUAAGGAACUUGAAAGGUGUUAUUACUGUAAGAGUAAAGGUAAGAACGUGCAAUUUACAAUUUUUUUUAAUGAACUUUUAUGCAGGAUUGUCGUGUUGUUAUCUGGACAAAGGAUGAAGUUAAUGGAGGAACAUGGACUUCUAAGGUAUCCUAGAAAUUUGAAAUAUAAUUAAUUCAAUGUUUAUUAAGUUUUUCAGUCUUUAUUUCUUGUGCCAGUAAGGGUUUGGCUGUCAAUUUUAUGUGGAUGGGCUAAGUUGGAAUGGCUAUUUUUCUUAUUUAAAACAACUAAGUGUUUUCUUGCAUGAAUUACAGUGAGUUUGGCAAGGGGUUUUGGGAGAAAGUCUAGAUAAUUUUGCCAAUAAGGUUUCCAGUUUUCAAGACCUUAAAAAAAAUUAUGAUUAAAGAGGUCUUCAUUUCCAUGUGUGAGUAUGUAUAAAAUAAUGGUGUUUGUUUUCUCUGCAGGUUGUAAAGAAGUUUGGUGAUGUUGUGUGGCAUGUGAGUUGGUCAGUCACAGGCAGCAUUUUAGCUGUAUCUGGGGGAGAUAACAAGGUAUGCAAGAACCAGUGUUUUUUAGCUGUUAGAAAAGCAUGGGAUAGGUUAGACUACACAUAGGCCUCAUUUCGCAGUAUAUUAAAUUGUGCAAGUUGAUAAAAAUCAGUGAUUAUACAUGUACAUCUUGAUGCCUUAUGUUUGUCCCUUGGGUAUCACUCCCAGCAUUGGUGUGCUGCCACCUCAUUUUUUCCCCUAAUCUGCUAAAAAAAUAUGGGAUUUACCAGUGGACAUUCCAUGAAGUGGCUCUUCUUGUCCCCUUUUUCUGGGUUGAAUGGGAAUUUAGAGUGUUGGUUUUUAUGGAGGAGGAAAAUGGUGAACCUGAAGAAAAACCCUUGGAGCAAAGAUGAGAUCCAACAACAAAAACUCAACUCACAUGUGAUACCAGGUCCAGGAAUGGCACCAUAUGUUGUGUUUCUAUAUACAGAACAAUACAUGGGUGUACGUAGAUAUGGAACAACACAUGUGUGUAAUUAUUGUAUUUUUUCAUACGUGUUGUAACAUUUUUUCUCUGGGCUGGAAAUCCAUGUAUAACACCAUAAUUAUAUGAUAAAGAGGUAUUACAGACAGUCUGUUGAUAAGUUAUGGGUUGUUUUGGAGAACAUUUAAACAGAGACAGCUGAUGGUUUUUUAACCUUUGAUACAUAGUUUAUUUGCAUUUUGUUGUUGGAGCCUUGUAUUGUGGGUCACUAAAUCUCUUUUCCUUCCAUAGGUGAGCUUAUGGAAGGAGUCUCUAGAGGGGCAGUGGGUUUGUGUCAGUGAUGUGUACAAAGGUCAAGGUCAGGAGCCACAAUGAUGUCACUGUGAUGUCACAUAGCCAUAUUUAGACAAAGAACUUUUUU